AUGCCCGGCGGCGACGCGUCGUCGCUGCACUACCAGACCGUGGUCGCCGCCGCGGCGAAGGACGCGGCGGGCCCCGCGGGCGUCGCGGAGGGGUUCUUCGACCUCGCGAACGCGGAGGUGGUGCGAUACACGCUGCCCGUCCCGUCGGUCGGGCGCGGAGUCAUCGAGAAGCCUCGAGGCGACGGCACCUACGUCCCUGCUGAUGGCGUGCUCCAGGCGGGGGGGCGGAAGUGCGUGUCAAAACGCAAGCGCGACCACGAGGUCGAGGACGCCGGUCCGACCGUGGAGCUGCGCGUGCGGCAGGACCAGAGCCUGCACGACUCCUGCGGCGGCAUCGUGUGGGAGUCCGCGUUCUGCCUCGCGGGAUACCUUCGACGACGCGCGCGCGAGGGGCGCGCGAUCGCGCGCGGGAAGAGGUUCGCGCGAUGCGACGUCGUCGAGCUCGGCGCGGGCUGCGGGCUCCUCGGGAUGGUCGCGUCCGCGCUCGGGGCGAAGAACGUCAUCGUCACCGACCACCCGGACGCGAUGCCGCUGCUGAGGAAGAACGUCGACGCGAACGAGGGCGCGCUUCGCGAAGCCGCGGAGGCGCACGAGAGAACGCGCGUCGCUCUGAAGGCGAAGAAAGGCGACGGACGCGUGCGCGGCGUCGGCGCCUUGCCGCUGGACUGGACCUCGGACGAGCACCUCUCCGACGUCGUGGAGUUAGGGCCGUACGACGUCGUCCUCGCCACGGACGUCGUCUUCAACGAAUCUUUAGUCGCGCCGCUCGUGCGGUGCAUUCGGCGAUGUCUGCGACGAAGAGACGGCGUCGCGUUCGUGUGUCUUCAAGAGCGGUGCCCGGACGCGUUUCGCGCGUUUCGGAAGACGUGCGAGGAACAUUUCGAGGUGAGGGAGAUCCCCGGAGACGACGUCGGGUUCGUGGACGAGGAGUGCGUCCUGUUCGAGCUCAGAUUUCGCCCGUGGGACGGUAAAGACGCGGAGGCCUAG